GGUGCAGCAUCCAGAGGCCUGCAGCCAUUGGGGCGCCCAGGUGAUCAACACUGAGCGUGGUCUUCCAGCUUUCUGAAUCCCCAAAAUGGCUGCUAAAGAAGAAGCCAAGAGCGAACCGGAAGCGAAGAAAGAGAAAGUCCAUCAGCAUCCUUUCUAUUGUAAUAUUUGCAAAAUCUCCUGCGCAUCGGCGUUGAAUUUGCAGACACACUUUCUUGGUUUCAAACACAAGACGGUUGAAGAGGCCCUAAAAACUCAUGGCAUUGUAAAAACCAUGGGCUACUCGACAAGCAUAGAGAAAUUCCAGAGUCCGAAACAAAAGGUUCCCGAUUACGUUAAAACGGAACCCGAGAAGUAUCACGGGCAGAGUUUGCAAGAACAACUAAAUACCUGUAAAGAUUCAGAACCUGCAAUUGGGCUCGAAUACGUCACUGAGUAUCAAUCCAAGGAAAACCUUCCCAUUCUCUACGAAUGCAAGCUGUGUAAUUGUCAAACUGGUUUGAGUAACAUGUUCAUGCAUGUUUUUGGCUCAAAACACAGGUUGGCAUAUCUGAAAGCACAUCACCCUGAUAUAGUAGAAUCAGACGAGAUUCGCGGUCGAGGCUCAGAGCUGAACAGAAGGCUUCGGGUAGUCGCAGCAAAUGUAGAAAGGAAAGAAGGAAGGAAGAAAAUCAAGGUUAUAGUGGACCCUAAUGUGCUGAAGAGGAAAUGGCAGGACUAUAUUGAAGGCAAUUCAAAGCCUAAAGUACAACAUAUGGAUCCUAUGGCUACCGAACCAGACCAGGCUGCUGGAGGUGAGUCUGAGGAGACUCUAGACUUCUCAAAAAUUCAGAUCUCCCAAGAUGAUUCUGACUCUCAGGACGAAAGGGACAGCGAUGAAAAAUCGGAUGACAAAUCAGAAGAAAAGAGUCAAGAGGAUCAGACCUAUGAAAACAACACAACGGAUGAAAACAGUAAAGACUGCAAUAAUAAGCUUGAGAUCAAGACUCAAACAAAAGAGGAAUACCAGUUAGUUCAGGAAGCCCCUCUGCAAGAAAAUAACGUAGCAAAUUGUGGCGGAUUUAAAACCCACGAAGAGCUGUUCUCGUACUUGCAAAGCUUCGAGAUAAUGACCGAAAAUGAUGCAUCGUUUAUCUUAGCAAUUACCCAGACUCUUACAGAUGCCUUGCUGGACUAUCGUUUGAAGGAUAGGUCUGUAAAGCCUCCUGAAUGUGAACCCAAUCAGGCGAUACUCAGACCUUUGGAAGAGCAGUCCAUGCAGAAUCACGAAAACAAUUCCGAAUGUGUCAACAACACUGACCCUUAUUCUGGAUUCUCAGCUAAUUACCUAACUUCCAGGCUGCCUCCUGCCCAGUCUUAUGGAGAAACAACAGCAACUGCCCACGGUAGUGGGUCUUUCAAUACCAACGGUGCAUCUCUUCCAUCGCCUCAGUCAAAUAUGAGUUUUUCCAACUCUUCUGCGACUGAGGAUUGGAGUCAGUGGCCUUGUCCAUUAUCCAACGAAGCAUCAAGCCAAGAGUCUUUCCAGUCCUAUCCGUAUUCCGAAAACCACUACCCUUCCGCUGAGGGCGCGUCAUAUAACGCUGCGCCUGAUGAAAACUCCAGCCCCUUGCCGCCCUUCUCUGAGCAGAACGAUGUAAUCACGGAAUUUUUCAACAGCAUAAGGAACAUGGAUGUCAUCGAGGUGACGGAUACCCUCCAGAAAAUCGCCACAACCAACCCAGCGUUUAAAGAAAUUGACAUUCCAAAUGUGAUUCGGAUCCUAACUGAAAGUGGGACCCUCAAGACCCCUGGACCUGAGGAAAAUGGCACUGAAGAACAGGAAAGAGCCAGUGAUUUUAGGUAAAACUAAUCAUUCGUCAUCUUGGGUCUGCACCCAGUUUCACUGCAUUUAGCAGUCCUUAAAUGUUGACCUAUGACUAGAACGUAGACCUAAUAGUGCAGUUUUGUACAUCUUCUGCAGUUUUGCGGUGGAAUGUUUAAAUAGCAAAGCUGUCCAUAUUUUGCAUUUUCACUUGUAUAAAGUAUUAUCAAAUGUUGUUUUGGUAUCCUUAAAAUGUUUAUUACUAAUAAAAAUUUGUCUUUUGUUGA